AUGUCUGAUGCCACGAUAUCUGAAUCAGAAAACUUUUUUUGUAAAGUAAGAAGCUUGGGAGUAUGUAACAAUAAUCCCACUUGUUCGCAAUUCGCUCAGUAUAACAUCUCGCUAAUAAUUGAUAAUUCUAUGGGAACCCACCUACCAGAAGCAAAUUGUGAAGAUGAGGGUUGCGAGGUGGCUCCAGAUAACUUAAUCUCAUUUAUAUCAUCACCAUUUGAAGAACAAGUGGUAGCGUUAAAUUUUCCUGAAUGUGAAACUCUUCAAUAUGACCUUCGCAAUAUAGAAUUAACCCAGUUACAUCAUACCAUUGCUGGUUUAUUGCAAAAAAAAGGAAUUUGUCCAAAGUGUCGGUCAAAAUUAAUUUCUGAUAAUUUAGAUCCUGAGAAUAGACUAAUUGAAAAGCAUGGUAUAGAAACUGGGACAAUGAAAGAUCUAUCAGCAGAGCUUAUUAGGGAGUUAAUUCCCAAAAUUGGCAUUAGGGCAAAAUUUUUGAAAAAAUUUGAGAAUUAUACAAAUCCCCAGCAGUUAGAAACGCCUAAUGUGUUGCAAAUCGGCAAUGCCAACUAUCAGAUGAUAGAUUUGAAUGAUAGUAUACUGGCCAGCCUGAGCCCAUUGACUUCGACAAACAUUGAAAUGUGUUCCUCAAGCGCAUCUUCGAACAUCAGUUCCGCAGAAAAUUUACCAUCUAUGCCAAGUCAAAAUGUUAACCAAGUUUUGAGUACUGCUGUGAAUACGCCUUCACCGUCUUCAUCCAAUCAAAAUAUGAAAACUUUGAAGGAAACUGGCUUAAAGGAUUUGUUAAUUUCAACAACACGGGGGAAAUUGGUAAUGUUUUCAUACAAAAAAAAUGGAAAACUUUUGCCUGAAUUCAGAGACAAAUUGGUGGAUUUGAUGUUAGAUGCGGAGCUGGAGGAACAUAUGGAUAAAAAAGUUUCCAUAUUGCGCUUUCAAGAAAUGGCUGCUGCUAUUAUUGCGUUAUUUCCCGGCGAAUGUCAAGUAAAGUCUGAUGAGAACGACGAAAAUAUGCAAGAGGCAGUCGAUUGGCUGAAGCAUAACAUACAGCCAUAUUUGCAAUUGGAAAGCCGUUGGAGGCAAACAUGCCAGAAAAGGCGAACCCUUUUGAAAAACACACCUAUUGACCAAUAUUUAAAACUUUUUCCAAUUCUUCAAACCAAUGAAGGUUACAAUAUGUUUAAUAUCGACUUUGAGGAGCUUUACAAACAAAAUGACAUAUUUUAUCUAAAAUGGACUUCAUUUUCCUUCAAAAUAUUUGAAUAUGCCAAAUCCAAUUGUAAUGACAAAGCUGUCCAGGAUUUAGUUAAACAAAUUGAAAGUGGUAUCCUAACUGAAGAUGGAAGAAAUAUGAGAAUCUUAAAAAUGAUGCCAUACAUGAUGACUCCUGUUACCAUUACCAGGAAAUGGAAACCUUCAAAGUUGGAGAUAGAGGAGGCAUUUAUUUUGUACAUCAAGAGCCUGGAUGACUUGCAAGUCGCGAUAGAAAAUAGAAAAAUAAAACUUGACAAACUGAAAUUGAAUUUUCAACCAAAACCAAUUUUUAUUGGUUCUGACUUGGACAAUAUCACCUCCUCCUACGUUAGAGUCGAUGAAACCCUUUAUUUGGUAGAAUCGCUUUUGAAAGCCAUAGAAGUAACUUUCAAAGCAAUCCAUGCUUUAAAUGCCUCACUACGUUCGUUUCGUAAUCACUGCAGCCUUAAGCAUACUGAAAGUAAUCAAAAUGUUGCAAGUUGUAUAGCGAAAGAUGGUCCUUCUGUGGAAUAUGAGGCUCAAGAUGCAGCAAAGGAAGAAUUUUUUAAAGAAAAUGAACCCGAUGAAAAUAAUUUGGAUAGUUUUAAACUACAUUUCAAUAACGAAUUGCUUUUAUUUAUAUCAAAACUUUAUAGCCUUUCCCAUUUGCCCAAAACUUAUAUUCAAUUAAUUAUUAAUUAUCUUUCUGAGCUUUUCGGAACUUUAGAAACUCUUGAAAAAAUUCUAACAGAUAAUUUAACUAUGCCACACCAUUUUAAAACAUCAAUUUUGAGUAUCUUCAGUCUAUUCAAAAAUCCAUUCGAAUCCUAUAAGUCUGAGUAUUUGCGUGUAAAGGAAAUGGAAAGCACUGAAAACUUUAUAAAACCAAUAACAUACAAUAUUGGUGAAUGUUUAACUGACGUUCGCAGUAAACAAAACAUUUUAUAUAAAUCGGUUGGUGUGACAGCUCAAUUCAUUCCUCUUAGAGUUCAAUUAAAAAAGUUUUUUGAAAACAGGACGUUUUAUUCUGCAAUUCAAAAUUAUCUUGAACAUAUUGAUCAACAACAAUUAGGUAUGUCAAAUAUUAUGCAAAGUGCAUUGUGGACUGAAAUUAAACGCAAUUUCACAGGGAAGACGGUUUUUCCUUUAUUGCUUUAUUAUGAUGAUUAUGAAACUGGGAAUGCUUUGGGUUCACAUGCUGGCGUACAUAAACUAGGAGCCAUAUAUAUCUCUCUGCCAUGUUUACCACCACAAUAUUCUUCUAAAUUGAAUAACAUAUUUUUAGCACUUUUAUUUCAUGCUAAUGAUAGAAAAGACUUCGGAAAUAGGGCGGUUUUAAAAAUUUUACUAGAUGAGUUGUCGUUUUUGGAAAGUAAUGGUAUCCAAAUUUGUACAGGCACAAAAACUGAAAAAAUAUAUUUUGCUUUGGCAUUAGUUUUGGGAGACAAUUUGGGAAUGAAUAGUAUUUUGGGAUUUAAUGAAAGUUUUGUGGCAAAUUAUUUUUGCAGAAUUUGUAAAAUGUCAAAAGAUGAUACAUUUUUUUCUUGCUCCCAGGAUAGUCUUUUAUUAAGAAAUUCACUCAAUUAUGAACAUGAUUUAGUGGAAAUACAAGAUAAUUCAAAAACUGGCAUUAAAGAAGAAUGCGUUUUCCAUGUGUUGAAUAAUUAUAAUUUAACCAAAAAUAUUUCUGUUGACCCAAUGCAUGAUCUUCUAGAAGUUCAUGUCCCGGAUGCGGCCAUUAUGCUAAUGAUAAGGAAUAAUAUGAAUAACUACCCGAACUUAUUCGAUGACUUGACCGCUGUGAUUCCACCUCAGCUUUCGGUAUGGACUAAUUCAGAGCAUUACAAAUUUAGACCGGUUUACCUUUUGGACGGGGGAAAGAUAAACUAUGCUAGAAAUUCUAUGAUUGAGCAGUUGGAGUUGUGGAGAUUCUCUCAAAAGGCGUACGAAAGAAGGCACUACGAGGUGUACAAGCGAUUAAGACUAGAUUAUCCACCUUUCAUCAAGGAACUUAGAGAGAUGACGGAGAAUUUCUGUGUAGUAGAUAGGCGUACCGGUAAGUGGCUGAUAAGGCCGACUUAUAAACGAAAGGAGUAUAUGUACGCGUUCGAUGGUGAAAAAUUGUUGACCGUUAAAAAAUUAGAAAACGACUAUGGAUACGUACCAGAGACAAUAUCUAAAACUGGAGGUGAGUAUUUGUUAAUGUCAAAUGACACCGAACUGAUGCUGGAUGAUAGGUUGCACGAAGUGUGCAGGAAUUUUGACAUAGUCAAUUUUACACCACCAGUAGUGCAGCUUACUCAGAGUGUACCAGGAUGUGGUAAGACGCAUUACAUACUUAAGACUCACAAGGGACUGAAACAGGGACAAGAGUUAAAAUAUGACCACGCAGGGCGUAUUGAAAAUGUGGACUUGAUAUUGACAUCCACUAAAGAGGCAGCAGAUGAUUUGAAGUCCAGAUCAAUCAAAGAGAGUUACACGGGGGACAGAAAGUAUUACAGGACUACACAUUCAUACUUACUAAAUUCGAGAGACAUCUUUAGAACCGUAUACGUCGACGACGCACUAAUGAGGCACCCCGGGGAGCUUAUGUUUAUAUGUGCUCUAUCUGGUUGUGCGCGUAUGGUGUUGUUGGGCGAUAAAAACCAAAUACCGUACGUGAAUAGGCGAUGCUUAGAUUCGACUCAUAUGAUUUUGUCAACGUCGGUGAAAUACUAA